AUGAGAGUGUGUGUGUUUGUGUUGUGUGUGUUGUGUGUCUGCAGGACAGACCCAGAACCGUCCCGCUGUUCCAGGUUCUUGGUCACAGCGCCGCUCUCGCUGCGUCUGGACGCCGUGGAAACGGUCCUGCUGCAGCUGUUCGGGGUCACCGACGAAGUGACGGUCCACGUCUUCCUGAAGACCUCCAUGGCUCCGGACCACGUGGUUCUGGCCCGGGAGGCCGUCACCCUCAACGCCCAGAACCGGCACCAAGGCGUGGCCAGAGUCCGGGUCUUCCCUCAGCAGCUGGACCGCGGCCAGACCCACCUGGUUCUCCACGUCCAGUCGGCGGACUUCAACCGACACCUGUCCGUCCCCGUCAGUCGCUCCAACGGCUUCCUGGUCGUCCAGACGGACAAACCGCUCUACACCCCGCGCCAGAGCGUCCGGGUUCGGGCCUUGUCCCUGAACCAGGAGCUGAGGCCGGCCAACCGCAGCGUCUUCCUCACCUUCAAGGACCCGGACCACGUCACGGUGGACACGGCAGAGAUGCUGGACAUCAACAAUGGAAUCCCGUCCCUGCAGAACCCCUUCAGGAUCCCCGUCAAGCCCAAGCUGGGGGUCUGGUCCAUCGAGGCCUCGUUCUCCCAGGACUUCACCACAACCGCAAGAACCACCUUCGAAGUCAAAGAAUACGUUCUUCCCAGCGUGUCCAUCAGGGUGGAGCCAGAGUCCAGCUACAUCAGCUCCGCCCACUUCACCGGCUUCAGGUUCAAGGUGUCGGCGCGCUACGUGCACGGCGCCCCGGUGGCGGACGCCGAGGUCUUCCUGCGCUACGGCUACGUCAGCGGGCGGAGUCCUCCGGUCAUCGUCCCCAACUCCGUCAGCAGACGGCGGCUGUCCUCUGACGGGGACGUGCACGUGACCCUGAACGUGCACGAGGUCUUCUCCAAACUGGACGGAAUGACGGAGCUCAGCAGCCUGGAGGGGAAGUUCCUGUACGUGGCUGUGCUGCUGGAGGAGAGCACAGGCGGCGUCUCGCAGGAGGCGGAGUUCGCCGCCGUCCGGUUCCUCCGGUCCCCGUACCGCCUCAGCCUGGUCUCCACGCCGCCCUUCAUCAAGCCCGGCCUGCCCUACCACGUCCAGGUGUUGGUCAAGGACCACCUGGACAACCCGGUGAGCCAGGUCCCGGUGCGCCUGGUGCGCAGUCAGCUGACCCGGCAGGGGCGGGGCCAGGAGGACAUGCCCUGUCCCGACAGCUCCACCAGCCAAUCAGACGGCCUCGCCGUCUUCAUCUGCAACACGCCCGCCGACGGAGUCAAGGCGGAGCUGGAGUUCCAGACGGCUGACUCCGCCCUCCCGGCGGCGGGCCAGGCCCGCCUCCUCCUGGAGGCGGCGGCCUAUCACUCUCCAAACCGCCGCUACCUGUACAUCGACUCGCCGCUGCCCGGCGCCGGCCUGCAGGUGGGCCGCUUCGCCAACAUCAAGGUGUACUCGGCCACGCCCUCCUACCUGCACGUCCCGGCGCUCAGCUUCCUGGUGCUGUCCAGAGGGAAGGUGGUGGACUUCGGCAGCCUGAGAGUCGCGUCACACGCCGACAACAAGCACAACCUCAACUUCCGGGUGACGGAGGCCAUGGCGCCGUCCGUCCGCCUGCUGGUGUACUACGUCCUGCAGGGAGAGGGCGCCACCGAGCUGGUGGCCGACUCCGUCUGGCUGGACGUCAAGGACAGCUGCGUCAGCGGACUGCAGACUGACGUGUCCCUCCACAGUCGCAGCUACAAACCCAAACAAAGCCUCCAGAUGGACAUCAGGACCAAUCAGGACGGGCUGGUCGCCCUGUCGGCUGUAGACGCCGCCCUCUUCACACUGACGCCCAAUCACAGGGACCCCGUUGCCACGGUGCGGCGCCACAUCGAGCUCAGUGAUCUGGGCUGUGGAGGAGGAGGAGGACGAGACGCCGCCGACGUCUUCAGACUGGCUGGACUGACCUUCAUCACCAACGCCAACACACAGCCACACACCGACAGUUCUGUGUGUACUGCACAAGUGCGUCCAAAGAGAGCCCUGACUGUCAAAGACAGACAAAAGAAAGCGGAGUCGUUCGGCCCGGUGAAGUCGUGCUGUGAACAGGGAAUGAGGUUCGUCCCGAAGAGCGUCAGCUGCCUGCAGUUCUCCCUCCAGGCCUACAGGAGGAGCCCCCGCUGCAGGGCCGCCUUCAGGGAGUGCUGCCAGUUCCUUCAGUUGCACCUGGACCAGAACCAGGACCUGGUGCUGGGACGCCACGACAUGGGAGCAGACUUCGACCUGGCUCCGUCUCUGGUGCGGAGCUACUUCCCAGAGAGCUGGAUGUGGGAGGUGCAGCCGGUCAGGUCUGGACUGACCCCCAUCAGCAGGGUUCUGCCGGACUCGCUGACCACCUGGGAGAUCCGGGCCGUGGGCGUGUUCAGCAACGGUGUGUGUGUGUCCCGGCCGCAGACGGUGUCCGUCCAGCUGCCGCUCAGCCUGGACGUCCCGCUGCCGUACCGGGCGGUCCGGGGGGAGCAGCUGGAGCUGCGGGGGUCCGUCUACAACCAGCAGGACCACAGCGUCUCGUUCUGCGUGACGCUGACGGUUCCGCCGGCCGUCUGCCUGCUGCAGUCCCAGCCGGUGGGGACGGACGGGCGCCGGUCCACCGCCUGCAGCUGGCGCCGGCUGCCUGCGGGGGGCGUGGCCUCCGUCACCUUCACCCUGAUGGGCCUGGAACCCGGAGAACACGCCCUGACCUUCACCCUGCAGACCCAGGACGGAACCGCAGACCGGCUGCAGAAGACGCUCCAUGUGGUGCCGGAGGGGGUCCGACAGGAGGUUCUCUCUGGAGGAACUCUGGACCCUCAGGGUCUGUACGGCUCGGAGAGGAGGACCCUGCUGCUCAGGAACCGGCUCCCCCCCAACAUGGUUCCCAACACGGCCGUGGACCAGAUGCUGACCAUCAGAGGCGAGGUCCUCGGGGACGUCCUGGACCUGGCCCUCAGUCCAGAGGGGGUCCAGCAGCUGGUCAACCUGCCGGCCGGGUCGGCGCAGGCCGAGGUGGGACGGCUCGUCCCCCUGGUCCACGUCUACCGCUACCUGGAGACCACCGGGACCUGGAACCUCCUGGACGGAGGACACGUCCGGGACAAGUCCACCGAGCUCCAGCGCCGGAUCCGAGAAGGCCGCCCCGCCACCCUCAGGUUCUGGCAGGACGGCAACGUGACGUCUGAUUGGUUGAAUCCUGAUCAGAGCAGCGGCCAGACGGUGGAGACCACGGCCUACGUCCUGCUGACGGUGCUGCUGAAGGGCAGACUCCAGUACGCGUCCUCGGUCCUGGCCUGGCUGACCCAGGACCAGCUCCAUGGAGGAGGACUCUUCUCCACCCAGGACACGGCGCUGACCCUGGAGGCUCUGACCGAGUACAGCCGGGCCGUCCCUCGAGCUCAGCUCAACCAGGACAUCAACGUCCGUCUGGGACGGACCGGCGAGCUGAGGCAGGUCAGCCUGACCCGCGGCAAGCCGGUGGCCACGCCCUCUCAGGUGAAGACAACUGACGACAUCACCGUGACAACCGGCCAUGGGAGGGGCGUGUCCAGUGUGACGCUGAAGACGGUUUUUACUAUCACCAUUCGGCCAAUCAGGACAGGUGUAACUUUGACAUGUCCAUCCAGGUGGUCGGUCCUCAUGCGUCUGACAACCCCAGCAUGCGCGCCCCCCCACCUGGUGGCCUGUGUGAAGUUCCGGCCUCCGCCCAACGAAGCCUCCGCCCAGUCCAGCCUGACGGUGUGAAGAUCCAGCUGGCCACCGGGGUGGGAGGCCUCCCUGGAGGACCUGCGACAGUUCAGGGACUCUGAGAAUCCAGGUUCUCUCUACGAGCUGCAGGGAGACACUGUCAUCACGAUGGAGACCGUUCCUCCGAUAUCUUUGUGUGUGUGGUUCCGGGUCAGGAGCGGGUUCCAGGUGGGCGGAGCCAGCAAAUGUGUCAGCGUCAGCGAGCCUCAGGACAAAGGCAGUCUGUGUUCCACUCAUUUCUCUUAUGAGCAGCAGAAGCUGGAGCGCCUCUGUCUGGCCGACCAGUGUCAGUGCAUGUCAGCUGCCUGUGCAACCUUCGAGGAAAUGGACCCCACCCUGACAGCAGCCAAUCACAGCUCAGCGUGUCGGCCACAUAUCCAAUAUGCCUUCAAACUGAGGACGGCCUCGGCAGUGGCAGAGGGAGACUUUAUGACCUUCACAGCCACCGUUACCUUGGAGGCGGUGCGUUCAGGGACGGAGGUGGAGCUGGUGAGAAAGGCCUCCUGCAGCAGCGUGGAGCUCCAGAAGGACCAGCAGUACCUGCUGAUGGGGGCCGGCGGGGCCGAGGUCCACGGGUCCAGGUUCCGCCUCACUCUGGACUCGGACGCUCUGGUGGAGGUGUGGCCGGCCGCCUGCGGUUCCCCGGAGUGUUUGGACUACACGUCCCAGCUGGAGGACUUCGCUAUGGACCUGCAGCUGUUCGGCUGUCCUGAACUCCAGGACUCCUCUGCUUCUUCUCGUCUGCAAAACUGUUGUCAUGACGAUGAGUGUCACUAA